AUGUCGUCUAGCACGCCGCAAAACACCCCCCUCAACAAUGCUCCCAUCUCUUCGCAUGCCCAACAGCCUGGCGUUGCCAGCAUCAAGGAAGAGGACCUCGACCGUGCUGCGGCCGCUUCCAUCUUCGCACAGAACCCUGCCCUUGUCCAGAUGAUCCAGGGCAGACUCGGCUCUCUUGUCGGCAGGUCAUCCGGCUACAUCGAGUCUCUUCCCCAGCCUGUCCGCCAGCGUGUUUCAGGUCUCAAGGGCAUCCAGCAACAGCACUCUAAGCUCGAGGCCGAGUUCCAGGAGGAGGUUCUCCAGCUCGAGAAGAAGUACUUCGCCAAGUUCACUCCCCUGUACGAGAAGCGUGCUCAGAUCAUCAACGGCAAGACUGAGCCCACGGAAGAGGAGAUCCAGGCUGGCAAGUCGCAGGACGAGGAAGAUGAGGAAGCUCCCAAGCCAGCCGAGAAGGAGACGACCGAGGCCGUCAACGUCACUGGUAUCCCCGAGUUCUGGCUGUCGGCCAUGAAGAACUCCAUCUCCCUGGCUGAGAUGAUCACCGACCGCGACGAGGAGGCCCUCCGCUCCUUGACCGACAUCCGCAUGGAGUACCUCGACAAGCCUGGUUUCCGCCUCAUCUUCGAGUUUGCCGAGAACGAAUUUUUCACCAACAAGACCAUCACCAAGACCUACUUCUACCAGACAGAGAACGGCUACGGUGGCGACUUCAUCUAUGACCACGCUGAGGGCGACAAGAUUGACUGGAAGGAUGGCCGUGACCUGACUGUGCGCAUUGAGAGCAAGAAGCAGAGAAACAAGAACACGAAACAGACCCGCAUUGUCAAGAAGACUGUGCCCACGGAGUCAUUUUUCAACUUCUUCUCGCCACCCAAGCCCCCCAAGCCGGAAGAGGAAGAAGAGGAGGACGAUGGCGCCUCCGACAUCGAGGAGCGCUUGGAGCUUGACUACCAGCUCGGUGAGGACAUCAAGGAAAAGCUCAUUCCUCGCGCCAUCGACUGGUUCACUGGCGAGGCCCUCGCCUUUGAGGAGCUCGAUGACUUUGAGGAUGAGGAUGGCUACGAUGAUGAGGACGAUGAGGAUGAUGACCUUAGCGAGGACCGUGACGAUGACGAUGAGGAGGAGUCCGACGACGAAGUGAGUUCCAGCGGCGCACCUGACCUGGUUCCUAGUUUUGACUGA